CAGAACAAAAGACAAAACAAAACAUAGCAUACCUUACUCACAAAGGGAAGUAUCACUAUAGAGAUAUAUAUGUUAGCAGUGAACAUACUUUAUAGCAGACCAGUGAUCUACUUCUGCUGUAGGGAAUUAGUCAGCCAUUAUUGUCUUGCUUUUAGAUAUCUCCCUGUUCUUCAUACAGAUCUCAGCUAGCCAGUGAACAUGUGGCACUCCCCCAUCAUUGCACUGGUCAAACCUAUUGGCUGACUAUUACCCCUAAGAGAACUUUUGAAGAUUGACGUACAUCAACUAAUGUAUUAUCUAAGGCUAUCUAUCAAAAAAAUAAUCAAAAAAGCCUCCAAAGGCUGAAAGUAUCAAUGUUUUGGAGCAGAUGCUAUGGCUUACAACAGUAGGUUCAAAUUGUUAACAAUUUACUUGACAUAAAUAUAUUUAGAGAAGCUUCAAGUUGUUUGUCACAUAAAAGAAUCCUAAAGCAGACACUUACUGAGCUUAAGAAAAGAUCAGAAAAGAGACAUGCCUUCAAUUACCUACUCUUAGUUAUAAGUUAUCUGCAAUGAUGUAGUCACUCGUCAUGUCUAGCACAACAGUUAACCAGCAUUUAUGUAUGUGAAAAUGCAAAUAAUGUAUAGAACUGCACAACUGUUUUUGAAGACGAGGAGUUGCCAUGUUUACAAGGUUUGCAUCUUGUAUACAAUAACAAACCGCAGUUUUUUAAAGCUAACUAAUAUACUAUUCCAGCUGAUUCGGGAUAUUGAUUCAGGUUUACAGGAGAGAUUUUACUUGAGAAACUUUCUGUCUUACUUGAAAUUGCACUACAGCCCUAUAAGUAUCACAAGGAGGUCAUUGUCAAAGUGUAAUUCGACUUUCCACCGACCACCUCGAGAAGAGAUUUCAAGUUAAGAAACUUAGACUGUUAUGCAAUUAGAGAUUAGAAAUACUAGAGAAAAAAAAAUGCGAGAUGCAAACAAUUUACUUUGACCACAGAAUGGCUGAUAAAGUUUAAACUUUCUUCAUGCUCCCAAAUUUCUUUGCUGUUCAACUAAAAUGGCAUUAUUAGAAUAUCCCUAUGACACCUAUUUACACCCACCUCUAGAAAUAUAUUUUCUUAAAUAAUAUAAAAUUUUACCUUACAGCUCAUUGCGUCGUAUAUAAGAUCUACACAGAUGAAAUUUUUUCUACAUUGCUAGCUUGAUGCCUUUAUUAGCAAUACAGUGACUCUUUGAUUUAGGUUUUUUAUCCUGAUAAAUAGUUUUGCUCAACAAAUUAGAAAUAAAAUAUUUUUGCUUUAAAAUACUCCAUAUAAAUAAGAGAAAUAAUAUUUGGGCAUGAGGACUUUUACAGUGUCUAGGUAGCCCCAUCUAAACAUCAGGAGGGGUAGGCAAGGGAGAGGGGAGAAUCAAAGACAGUUCUACAAACCAAAGCCAAACCCAAGAUGCUGUCAAAGGUUUGGAGUGACCCCCUUCCCGUCCCAUAAUUUUUCCAAUGGCUAUAAAAAAGGAGUAAAACUCAUCUUUUUGCCUUUAUAACAUAUUUAUCAAAAAUAUCAUGCUCUUGGGCCAGGUUGUUCAAAAGGGGGUUACAUCAACCAUGGCUUUUAUUUGUUGUGUAGAAGAACUUGUAUAGGUGCUUAAGUUUGUUGGGUUUUAUCUCAGCAUGACUUGACACUAAGAGGGAAAAAAAAAGAAAGAAAGAAAAAUACCUUUACAAAGCCAUUAAACUGAAUUAAAAAUUUACGCUAAUCCUGGGUUAGGUUGAUCAUGUUUUGAACAACCAAAUUAUCACAACACACUCUCGCCUAAAGACAACUAUCAAGUGAACCAAUGAGAGUGUGUGUACUAUCUCAGUCAUUUUUCAAAGGAAGUUGUGAUUAUUGUUGGAGGAAUCCUCCACUGCUGUAUCAAAAAGCAAUUUAAUUGCGACUAGAGUUUGCUGUACAGUAACUUAAUUCUUAUUUCAAGUUUAACUCUGCCCUUUCAUACAAAUUUUACCCCUUUAAGUAAGGUAAACAGGGAAUGAACAUCAAAUAAUCUUAUCUAACAUAAACAUUUGCCAUGAAUUUUUCAGAGAAAGAUUAAAGUCUCCAAUACACAGUGGAAAACCUUGCUGGACUAAAAAGAUUUGAAUCAGGAGGAAACCCGUUACAGAGUGAAGAUUAUUUACGGACAAAAGAUGCUUCAGUUCCGCUACUGUUACGAGUGAUUACACAACGCGUGUUACAGCACUGCGUUUAGGGACUUUGAAGCCGGAAUAAGCCGAAGUGUGAGGUUGGCCGAUAUGCAGUUUUCUACCAAACUGUUUGUAUCCCUUGUUCUACCAGCCGCUAUCACUAUCAUCGUAAGUUUUCUAUGGUUAAAAAAGAAGAACAAGGAGGCAGAAGAACUCGAGCAGCUUGAAGAAAAACCAGAUGUAAACAGCGAGGACAAGGGGAAAAUAAUUCGGGGCAAACAGAAGGGUGCAUCGAGCGAGAACAGCGAAGUUAGUGAGUUUAAUGUAGAUACGGAAGCCUCAGAAUUGCACCGUUACCGGCUGGAAAAACAGCCAAGCACAACAGAAAGUACACAACAAGAUUCCGGAGUGGAAACAAAGCCGUCGACGGGUUCGGAAUUCAAAGAAUCGUCAGGCGGAGAAGAAUCAGCGAGCGAGGGAAGCGUCGACAGUAGCACUCUUUUGAGUUUUACGGAAGGUUUCAACAAUGGCACUCCACCUCUCGGCGAAGAAAAUGCAAGAUCGCGAAAAAGCUCAAACAACGGCGACAAAGACGUGUGGGAGAUAGAAUUCCCCCAGAUUUUGUGCGGUAGACUGAUAGGACGAAAAGGCAAAAACGUACGAGUGAUCUCCGAAAAAUCCGGAGCGAAAAUUCGACUGAUUCCACAGUCGCCAGGCGAAGUUUCCACGCAUCGAAUCAUCUCAGUUACAGGAAACGCCGCACAGAUUCAAAGUGCACUGGAUUCUAUUCAUGAAAAGUUUCCCUGCGUACCCUUGACGAGGCUCAACUCAGCUGUAAACGGUACAGCAAACGCUGUACACGUUCAGCCCAUGGUGACCGCUGCCAUGCCUGUACAGGCCGUACCUUUCGUUCAAGCUAUGCUUCCGAGCGUUGCUAACUUCGAUGUGGUGGUGACAAGCGUGGCUGAUGCCGGUCACUUUUUCGUGCAGUUACAUGACGAAUUCAUGCAAAGACAGCUUCAAGACCUUCACCAGAACAUGUUGCAAUGCUUCGGGCAGGGAACAGCACCUUUGAUUCUUCCUCUACCACAACCUAUUGUGGUGGGCUCGUGCUGUGCAGCGCCAGCAUACACCUAUAACGGCUGGUACAGGGCGCAGGUUCUUGGGCCAACUGGUAAUCCAGACGAAGUGGAGGUUAAAUAUUUGGAUUAUGGAGGAUAUGGGAGGAUUGUUGCGUCGAGCCUUCGACAAUUGAGGGCUGAUUUUCUGACGCUGCCUUUUCAAGCUAUCGAAUGCUACCUUGCAAACGUGAUCCCUCUUCAAGGAGACACGUUUUCAAGCGUGGCCAGUGCAGUUCUGGAGGAUUUAACAAUGAAUGCUGUGUUAACUGCCCGUGUUGUUGGUCACAGAAGCGGUUUGCCAUGCUUGGAACUGUACCUUGUGCAAGGACAGCAGACAAUCUUGAUAAACAGAGAGUUGGUAAACCGGGGUUUAGCCCGCUGGGCGGAAACUUGAGGAACCGGGCGCAGCGAGUUACGUGACUUUACCUUUGUCUCAGAUGAGCACGGUGGGGAACCAGCAGUUUUAUUUGGUUGGAAUAUUCGGAAUUUUGAUCUGGUAUGAAUGGGAGAAUAUCAAAUGAGUGAAUGGAAAAUUGGGGACGUAUAUUUUGAUUCAGGCGAUAAUGAAAAAAUUGAGUUACGAAAGAAACAGGUUUGAUAUCGCCUGAAAAAUAUCUUCGCUAGAUAGGGUAAAUUUAUUGUUCAGUGCAUAGGUAUAGGAUAUUGUUAAUAUGCCUUAUUUAUCUUCAAAAUGAAGGAGGUGUAACUACUUGACAAAGUUUUUGCUUUAUAAGUUCUUUCGUAACGAAAGGCUACCUGUACAAAUGGUAGGUUGUUUUUGGAGGUUUCCAGAGAAGGCCACACGCCUAAAAUAUGUAUUUUGCAUCACAAAGUUAUUCGUUUUCUCGAUUUUCCAGUUUGAGAUGAUUGAAUUAUAUACGAUUUAUUUUAUAACAUUCACCUCUAAUUAACGCCUUGAAGAAAAUAUAUAUGCACGCACGAUAUUAUUAGUAGAGUAUUUUAUUAGAGAAAAAAUGGCAGCAAUAUUUUAGGCAAAGUAAAUUAUAUAAAUGUACUUCUAAUAGAAUUAUUCGUAAUUUAUAGUUAUAUUAAUAUAUUAAGAUGAAUGGUUAAUGUUUUAUUUAAUUCAGUCCUAGUCUACUCGCGGACGGGAAGCGUGCUCGACUUUAAAAUGUUUAUUACAAACGACCAAAUAGUUAUGGUUGUGGUUAACUGAAAAUGUUCAGAUUUCUUUAAUUACUACAUAUAAAUCGUUUAAGCUUUAUCAAAAUGUAGGAAUAUUUUACAUUUUUUAAUCGUUUGUUUUUACAUCAGUUUGUCCGGACUAGAGAUAUAAUUUUAGUGACAUCUUUUUAAGUCAUGGCUCCGCCAAUCUCCGCCAAUCAUAGUUCAGUCAUGUGGAAAUUUUGACAGCCUUUGUAAGUUUGUCUAUGUUUUUUAUUGGUUUCCGAUCCAACAGUGAUUUCAUAAGCUACACAGAAAAUCCCUCAAUUCAAGUAAUGAUUAACUUUGAAAAAAACAGGUCUUCCAAAGCAGGGCUGUCCCUUAACGACCAAUUUUUAAAAGCUGCGUAAUAAAGAAUGUGGAACGUCA